AUGAGCAGGAGAUCCAAGAAAAAUCCCGGCUAUGCUCACCAGGGCUUGGAAAACGACCGCCUGUUCAAAGUUUCAUGCGGCCACGUCCCCGGCCCGGACUGUCGGGGAUGUGAUACAGCUGAAGAGGUUCAACGCGAUCCUCGAGAUACUACUGAACCAGAGAUUUACUACGGCACCAUCGCAUCCGGUAACACGCUUGCCAAAGACGCCGCUGCUCGUGAUCGAAUGGUUGCUGAUCUUGGCGAGGAUUGCAUCUGUUUUGAGAUGGAAGCGUCUGGCCUGAUGAACCACUUUCCCUGUCUUGUGAUCCGGGGAUAUGCGACUAUGCCGAUUCUCACAAAAACGAUCGAUGGCAACGCUACGCUUCGGCGACCUCCGCUGGUCCAACAACAGAUUGAUCGCUUGCAGCAGACGACAGUCGCAAUGAAAGCUACUACCGAUUCCAUUAAGUCUGACCUUCGUACUCAUGAGAUCAAAGGCUGGCUUAAUCCUGCGGACCCAUCUACGAACGUCAAUCAGGCGAGGAAGCUCCACUAUAAGGGGACAGGCGUGUGGCUCCUAGACAACCCCGUCUUCCGCUCGUGGUACUCUGGGCCGCUUCGACAUAUAUGGCUGCACGGGCUCGCGGGAUGUGGAAAGACCGUUCUCAGCACAACUGUGCUUGACCAUCUCGCAAAAGCAAACGACAGUCCUCUCCUCAACUUUUUCUUUGACUUUAAAUGGCAAGACCAACCGAAGACAGAGGCUCUCUGGGAUAUCUUUUACAAUAUGCUCAGAAUGCAGAAGAGAGUCUCUAUCGUUCUGGACGCAUUAGAUGAAUCAACGUCAAGGGAUGAUAUUCUCGAGAGGAUCGAGGACAUAAUAUCUAGGCCAGAGUUGGCCCAUGUCCAGCUGCUUUAUACCAGCCGACCCGAGUCCGAGUUUUUGCGCCGUAUUCCAACUUUGAUAGGAGAGGAAGGUUGCCUACCACUUGAUGAGCAGGCUAUCAAAUCCGAUAUCCGUUUAUGGGUCUCGGAACAACUCUCUCAACGGCGUGAGUUUACAGAGAAACCCUUAUCAUGGGGUAUUCUUGAGGAAAUACGGAAGAAGGUUGGCGACGGGGCGGACGGAAUGUUUAGGUGGGCAUUCUGUCAAUUAGACAGCCUAGCUCGAUGUCGUCACGAGGCAGCUAUAGAGGAGGCUCUCGUCUCUUUACCUAAGAACCUGAAUGAGACAUACGAGCGCAUGAUGAAGAGUAUACCAGUGGAGCGAAAAAUGGACGCAAUACGCCUGCUACAAUUUUUAGUGCACUCUAAACGACCUCUUACGCUAGCAGAGGCUAAAGAAGUAAUAGCGACGCAGAUUGAAAACGAGUCGACAGGGUUUGACAUCAAGCGUCGGUUGUUCUCCGAAAUUGAUCUCUUGGAUUACUGUCCCGGCUUAGCGACAAUCGUUCAUGCCACGGAUAAAGAGUUACAUCUUGCCCAUUUUUCUGUCAAAGAGUUCCUUCUCAGAGAUAACAAUUUUCAAAUCAAGGUUGCCAGCAUUUCUAUCACAACGACUUGUUUGACUUAUCUCACAGACAUCAAAGGUAGCCACGAACACACCAAGCGGCAAUUUCCGAUGGCAAGAUAUGCUUCAAAAUCUGUCAAGUUCUUUGAGGAGGAAGUGACAUUCCAACGAUGGAGUCGCUUGUAUCAGGCGGAUGAGAGCUGGGACGAUGACCCUGGUCCUCCGCGAGCUUCCAAGCUCUACUAUGCUUGCCUCAAUGGGCUCUUGGCGCCUGCAGCAGAUCUUAUUAACAAGGGAGAAAAUAUCAACUCACAGGGCGGCGGAUACAGCAGUGCACUCCAGGCCGCCUCGUUCCACGGCCAUCACGAGAUUGUCAAACUGCUCUUGGAUAAUGAAGCGGACGUCAACGCGCAGGGUGGCCGCUACGACAAUGCUCUUCAGGCCGCCUUUUUGGAUGGCGAUCAAGAGAUUGUCAAACUGCUCUUGGAUAGAGGAGCGGACAUCAACGCGCAAGGCGGCGAAUAUACCAACGCUCUUUAG